AUUCGAUGUAAACAAGGUGGGAAGAGUUAAAUAGCAGAGAAUAUUUCAGGUUCAUGGCAAGUAUGCAAUGUGAAUUAUUUAGUUUGGUUGUUGUGCUUCAGUUGUACUCACUCAAACGCCGUUGUUGAACCUUAAUAUGGAAAAGAAAACAGGAGAAUGGACUACACGUUUGGCAGUUACCGGUGUUGCUUUAACAUUGGGUACAGCUUUACCAGGUGGCUACUGCAUUGGAGUUAUGAAUAAUUUAGCUACUGUAAUAUGCGAUUGGUGCAGUGAUGUGCUGCGCAUGCAAUAUUCCGUAGUGCUCUCAGAUGCUGCUAUGAAUACAUUAUGGUCGGCCAUAGUUUCAGUAUUUUUGCUAGGCGGUAUUGUAGGUGCUAUUGGUGGUGCAUGGAUGUCAAACAAAUUUGGCAGAAAAGCAUGUAUGUUGCUUUGUGCAAGUCUUCUGCUCAAUGGGGCAAUACUCUUCUACUGUUGUCGCUUGUUUAAAUCAGUUGAGCUUUUAGUUAUUGGACGCUUUAUAGUUGGCAUCUCUGCUGGUUUAACAACAUCAAGUUUGCCUGUGUAUCUCUGUGAAUUAGCCCCACUAUCCUUACGUGGCACCUUAGGUGUACUAAAUGGUAUGGGUUUUACGGUGGGUGUGGUGGUUGGACAAGUUUGCAGUUUGAAUGGCGUCUUUGGUGCAGCAGAUAAAUGGCACAUCGCUAUAAGUUUUUAUGUUAUUCUAGUUAUCAUUUGUUUUGCGCCAGUUUGUUAUUUUCCGGAAAGUCCCAAAUGGUUAUACAUUGUAAAACGGAAUAAUAAGGCUGCUCACAGGCAAUUGGAACUGUUACGUGGACACGAUAAGUCAGAUGUAAUAACAAAGGAAAUUGAUGAAAUGGAAACCGAAAGAAACCUUAAAAAUCAAACUAGCAGUUUUGGUGAAGUCUUAAAGAAUCCAGCAUUGCUGCUGCCUAUAUUCAUAGUAUGCGUUUAUCAAGGAGGACAACAGCUUUCUGGUAUAAAUGCGAUAUUUUACUAUUCGGUGUCGAUAUUUAAAAGAGCAGGAAUGAGUGCUGAAGCUGCAGAAUUAACCAAUCUGGCCGUUGGUUUUGUUAAUUUGGGUGUCGGUUUAUUUAAUCCCUAUCUAAUGGCUAAAGUAAAUCGUCGUCCUUUAAUGUUGGGCUCAUCAAUUUGUUGCGGCAUAUUUCUUUUCUCAUUUGCUAUAAUGCUCAAGUAUAUGGAUUACAUUGAUUGGUUUGCAACUGGCUGCAUAGCUUGUAUUUUCCUAUAUAUAAUUGCAUUUCAGUUAGGUAUUGGACCAAUACCACCAUUUAUUGCUUCAGAACUUUUUGAAGUUGCACCGCGAUCUGUGGCUAUGUCUCUGAGUAGCAUAUCUUGUUGGGGUUGCUGUUUUAUUCUUUGCAUGGCUUUUCCAACUCUACAAGUAGCUUGGGGUGCUUGGGUUUUCCUACCAUUUUCAAUAACGUGCGCGAUAUUAUUUGUAGUCACUUAUUAUUAUCUACCGGAGACAAGAAAUCGAGAUAUAUCACAAGUGGCGCGCUCAAUCUCAAAUGGAUUUAAAUCCAAAGUACGAUGAAUUUUUAAAAUAACUGAAUUAUAUUUAAUUAAUAGUUAUAAUGUAUUUAUAUUGUUUGUAUAUAAUAAAAGUAGUAGUGGUACAAUAAUUGAAAAGGCAAGACAAGAUAAUUACCACCUAUAUUAUAAGAAAGAACUAUAUUAUUCGAUAUACAUCGGUCUUCCAAAUAAAAAAUCAAAUAAAAAUUUUUGA